GACAGUUCAGAAAUUUUUUUCGUUGGAAAGUUUGUUUUGAUUUUUCGCAAAUAGAUGAAGCAAAUAAAAUAAAAUGUCGCUAGUUAUAAAGAGUUUUGCUAGCUUAAAACUAUUUCAAAGAAUUGCUUGUUCACCGGUUAACAGUGUGAGGUUCAUUGGAGAUGUUGGUCAAUCAGGCGAUGUAAAUAUAUUCGAUGUUUUUAAUACGAAAAGAAUUCAGAAAGAGAGAUCGGCAAAAAGAGAUGAUGCUGAAACGUACGAUUAUGUUAAAGAAGAGAUCGGCUUUCGUCUAUCUGAUCGUUUGUUUGACAUAAAGAAAGAAUUUGAAAAUGGAAUUGACUUGGGUGGUGGGCGAGGAUAUCUAUCAAGACAUAUUUUAUCUGAAACCGUGAAAAAUUUAAAGAUUUAUGACAUUAGUCCAACGAUGCUUGAACAAGCGUAUGGAACACCAGGAAUAAAUAUUGAAAAGCAUUUGCUUGAGAAAGAGAUUUUAGACCUUCCAUACAAUAGUCACGAUCUUGUUAUAUCGAAUCUUACUCUACAUUGGUUUAAUGACUUACCUGGUAUAUUCAAGGCAAUAAAUAAUAUUCUGAAGCCUGAUGGAGUCUUUCUGGCGUCUUUGUUUGGAGGUGAAACAUUAUAUGAACUGAGAUCUUCACUUCAAUUAGCUGAAACUGAAAGACAAGGAGGACUUGCUCCUCAUCUUUCGCCAUUUACAAAAAUACGUGAUAUUGGAGCUCUAUUGAAUCGUUCUGGCUUUACAAUGCUCACUAUUGACACAGAUGAGAUGACAAUUGGAUAUCCAAGUAUGUUUGAGCUUCUUCAUGAUUUGAAAGCUAUGGGAGAGAGCAAUGCUGCUUUUAAUCGUCCUCUCAGAAUCAAUCGAGAUGUUCUUCUAGCAGCUUCAGCCAUUUAUGAUGAAAUGUACCCAAAAAAGAAUCCAGAGACAGAUGAAAAAGGAAUUCACGCAACGUUUCAAUGGGGUAUUUCAUCUCAAAAAGAACGAAUACGGAAGAACAAUAAUCACAUAACAAAGAGUCUUAGAAUUGUCAUGUGACGUCUUCAAUUGCGUUUUUUUCAAGCCUUUAAAAAACUCGUCGCUUAUCUGCCUAUUUUACUUUGUCAGUGAUUGGAAUGUGGUUAUAAAAUGAAAGAUUUAUUACGAAAUCUGAAUUCUUAUCUUUAAACAGUGUGUCAAUAAUAAAACUAAAAAUAUAUGCAGAUAGAUUUCGACUCAAUCUUAAAAGAUUUCAUUUUUCAAAAGACUUUGAAAUUAUACGUAUUGAGUAUGAGUCACAUUAUGAAUCUUGUAAAUAACUCUAUUUGCCAACGCAUGCAAUUGUAAUGUCAGGAAGCUCCCCAAUUCUCAUGCUAUUGUUUGGAGGUUUUCUUUUUAUUUCUCAAACGCACCUUGUUUAAGGCCUGGCCUGGCCCAAAGAUAAACUCCAAUUUUCAAUCAA